UUUCAGAGUCAGACCCCUGGAGGAUGUCUUCAAAAGAUUUUUGAGGAGAUUGAGACGAUCACAGAUCAAGUGCUUCCUUUAAAUACUGUGAGAAACAUUUUGACUAUGGCUUUCAACGCUUCAGAGAAGAUUGUAGAGUCAUCAUCAUCAGCAAGCCCAACUGAACUAGCCUCUUAUGGAAACCGUGUGUUAAAAACUAGUGAGAAGCUCAUUUCUACAUUAGUGAAGCCGACAGACACAAGUGCCAGUGUCAAUUUUACUCUUCCUGCUGUAGAGGGUCAAGUCUUCAUGGUUGGACCACAGGUCACCUUACAUAAAAUGCCUCGACUUGACACAACAAAUUCUUCUGUGGACAUCGAUCUCAUUGGGAUGUCCAAGAACAACAUUGAAAGGUCAGCUGCUGUGGCUUUCAUGAGCUAUGUCACGAUGGAGAAUCUACUGAAGCCAGACUUCUUCAACACAUCAAAUGACACAGUUAAAACCAUGAUGUCCACUGUGAUCUCAGUUACUCUUCCCAAAACCACCAACACUAAACUCACCAAACCAGUCAACUUCACCUUCAGACACAUCAGAGAGUUUGAUCACAGUGGUUCUCACUCCUGUGUGUACUGGAAUAUCAGCGAGUGGAUUGCAGAUGGAUGUUAUGUUUUAGAGUUCAACAGCAGCUACACUGUGUGUUCCUGUGUUCAUCUGUCCACAUUCGCUCUCAUCAUGCAAACCAGCCGCCCACCAGAGAGUGACCCACUGCUGGAGCAGUUGAAUUUGGUGUGUGUGAUCGUGGGGCUGGUGUUCUUCAGUUUGGCCCUGUUGACCUUUGCCUUUUGUCAGUGGAGUUCUUUAGUGAAUAAUGUGGCUCGAAUCAACAUCUGCAUCAGUCUUCUGCUGGCUCACCUUCUGUUCCUGCUCACACAGCAGUUCCUGAAUCUCAUACGGCCUCAGCAGGUGUUGUGUGCAGUGAUCUCAGGCCUUCUGCACUUCCUCUUUCUCUCCGGCUUUGUGUGGAUGUUCAUUGAAGCUGUGCUGCUCUUCAUCUGUGUGAAGAACCUAUCAAAGAUCAGCUCUAAAAAGAGGGCGGUGCUUAGCACUGGAUUCCUGUGUGUGAUUGGAUAUGUGGUUGCUCUGGUUGUGGUGUGUGUGUCUGUCGGUCUGGUUCCUAAAGGCUACGGCAGCGAACACUGCUGGAUUAAACUGGAUAAAGGCUUCAUCUGGAGUUUUCUUGGUCCUGUUUGUGUCAUACUAGCUGCAAACACAAUUCUCUUCAUCAACAUUGUCAUCAGUCUGAACUCAGCUUUCAAAAGUCUCAAUGCUGAAGUUUCACAGAUUAAGCAAACCAAGAUUAUGGUGUUUAAAACACUGGCUCAGUUUGUGGUUCUUGGUUGCCCCUGGAUUCUGGGUGUCUUCACUGAUAACAGGAAAGUGCUGGAGAUCAUCUUCCUGAUCUUGAACUCCCAGCAGGGAACCUUCAUCUUCCUCAUCUACUGUGUCCUCAAUAAAAAGGUCAGGGAGCAGUACAGGAAGUUCUUCAGAUGUCUUUGCUCAAACAACACUGAGGACUACAGCGUCACGUUCAGAGUAACCACUGAAUAAGUAAUAAGUAAUACAAUUCUGCUCAAGUGCCAUUAAUAUACAGCUGAUUUUAUGUAACAAAAUCUAUGUUUUUGUGUGCUAAAUGUUAAAGUCUCAGAUCAUUUCUGCAAAUGAAAGAAAACAUGUUAUUCUUCAGUGUCUUAUUUUAUAGCUUCUAUAUAUUUAUUAAUAUUAUUAUUAUUAGUAGUAGUAGUAGUACAAAGUACAUUUGUUCAAUUCUCAAAACAAUCACAUUUGAAAACUCCAGAAAACUAUUUCAUGUGCCUAUGGUAAAGGGAAAUAAAUUACAUGUAUGGAAACAUACAGUUUUGUGGGAGUAACAAUUUAUAACUUUAAUUAAACAUAAUUACAUCUUUAGAUUUUUUCCAAACUAAUGAAUGUUUCUUCUAUAAAGGCCCAUUUUACAGUACAUUAAUAUUGUGAUUUACUAUAUAUAAAUAGAAAAAUGUAGUUUCAUGAAUGAGGGACACAUGUUUUAUUGAUAUUGUGAAUUUACAUUUAAAACUAAACUAUUAAAAUAAGAAAAUGAACAGCUAAUGGCUUCAGUGUAAAAUGAAUCUGUUACUUAGCUUGAAUUGCAUUUUGCUUUUGUACAGGUCACAUUGGU